GCGUUUUCAUUUCCCUCUUUGUGUCAUUACAGUGUCUCCAGAAAUCACCGAGAUCUCUUCUGACAUCUCUAUCAAUGAGGGUGGCAACGUCAGCCUCACCUGCAUAGCCACGGGCAGGCCAGAUCCAACAAUCACCUGGAGACACAUCUCGCCCAAAGCUGUGGGCUUCGUCAGCGAGGAUGAGUACCUGGAGAUCACGGGCAUCACACGGGAGCAGUCGGGCGAGUACGAGUGCAGUGCCUCCAACGAUGUGGCAGCGCCCGUCGUCCAGCGAGUCAAAGUCACCGUCAACUACCCGCCGUACAUCUCGGACGCGAAGAGCACCGGGGUGCCGGUGGGGCAGAAGGGCAUCCUGCUGUGCGAAGCCUCCGCCGUCCCCUCCGCCGACUUCCAGUGGUACAAAGAUGACAAGAGGCUGGCUGAAGGGCAGAAAGGACUGAAAGUGGAGAACAAAGCCUUCUUCUCCAGGCUGACUUUCUUCAAUGUCUCCGAGCAGGACUACGGCAAUUACACCUGCGUAGCCUCCAACCAGCUAGGAAACACCAACGCCAGCAUGAUCCUCUAUGAAGAGACAACUACCGCUCUGACACCCUGGAAAGGCCCCGGCGCAGUGCACGACGGCAACAACGGCGCGUGGCG